CCGUUCCUUUGACUUUGGUGAAUGCGGCACAAGCCCUGGGCAGUAAAAAGCAAGUAAACACUCUAAUUUUAAAAUUGCACUGUAAAGCACUUUCAAAAUAGUUGAGCUUCAUCUCAGACCUGAAUUCACUUCUCAAAUCCGUUCUCGAGGACCCCUCUAUCCUGAUUCGUGUCCUGGUCUACCCGGAGCCGUUUUCUGAAAUUGUACCGCAUAGUUUAUUGCGAAGCCUGAGUGGGUGGGUCCACGCGCACACCCGACUCCGGCCAGGACGCCGAUGCCUGAGCUCCGCGUCGGGCGCCUGGAUCUUCGUUCCGCUCCCUCGGCCCGGCCUCGUCACAAAUCCCAGUUUGAAAGAAAACUUCAAGCGGCCGAAAUGAACCUCCCCUCACCGCUCCAAUUCUUCCUUCCCAGCCGGCUGCAAACCCCGACAUUGUCACCUCCUCUUUGAGGGGUUAGAAGAAGCUGAGAUCUCCCGACAGAGCUGGAAAUGGUGAUGAAUCUUUUUUAAUCAAAGGACAAUUUCUUUUCACUGCACUUUGACUAUGGAAACAGAGGCUAUUGAUGGCUAUAUAACGUCAGGUGACAAUGAGCUUUCACCUGAAAGGGAGCACUCCACUAUGGCAAUUGACCUCACCUCAAGCACACCCAAUGGACAGCACGCCUCACCAAGUCACAUGACAAGCACAAAUUCAGUAAAACUAGAAAUGCAGAGUGAUGAAGAGUGUGACAGGAAACCCCUGAGCCGUGAAGAUGAGAUCAGGGGCCAUGAUGAAGGUAGCGGCCUAGAAGAACCCCUAAUUGAGAGCAGCGAGGUGGCUGACAACAGGAAAGUCCAGGAGCUUCAAGGCGAGGGAGGAAUCCGGCUUCCGAAUGGUAAACUGAAAUGUGACGUCUGUGGCAUGGUUUGCAUUGGGCCCAAUGUGCUUAUGGUACAUAAAAGGAGUCACACUGGUGAACGUCCCUUCCACUGUAACCAGUGUGGAGCUUCUUUUACUCAGAAGGGAAACCUUUUGAGACACAUAAAGUUACACUCUGGAGAGAAGCCGUUCAAAUGUCCUUUUUGUAGCUAUGCCUGUAGAAGAAGGGACGCCCUCACAGGACACCUCAGGACCCACUCUGUGGGUAAACCUCACAAGUGCAACUACUGUGGACGAAGCUACAAGCAGCGCAGUUCACUGGAGGAGCACAAGGAACGCUGCCACAACUAUCUCCAGAAUGUCAGCAUGGAGGCUGCUGGGCAGGUCAUGAGUCACCAUGUACCUCCUAUGGAAGAUUGUAAGGAACAAGAGCCUAUUAUGGACAACAAUAUUUCUCUGGUGCCUUUUGAGAGACCUGCUGUCAUAGAGAAGCUCACAGGGAAUAUGGGAAAACGUAAAAGCUCCACUCCACAAAAGUUUGUGGGGGAAAAGCUCAUGCGAUUCAGCUACCCAGACAUUCACUUUGAUAUGAACUUAACAUAUGAGAAAGAGGCUGAGCUAAUGCAGUCUCAUAUGAUGGACCAAGCCAUCAACAAUGCAAUCACCUACCUUGGAGCUGAGGCCCUUCACCCACUGAUGCAGCACCCGCCAAGCACAAUCGCUGAGGUGGCCCCGGUUAUAAGUUCAGCUUAUUCUCAGGUCUAUCAUCCAAAUAGGAUAGAAAGACCCAUUAGCAGGGAAACCUCCGAUAGUCAUGAAAACAACAUGGAUGGUCCUCUCUCUCUCAUCAGACCAAAGAGUCGACCCCAAGAAAGAGAGGCCUCUCCCAGCAAUAGCUGCCUGGAUUCUACAGACUCAGAAAGCAGCCAUGAUGACCACCAGUCCUACCAAGGAAACCCUGCCUUAAAUCCCAAGAGGAAACAAAGCCCAGCUUACAUGAAGGAGGAUGUCAAGGCUUUGGAUACCACCAAGGCUCCUAAGGGCUCUCUGAAGGACAUCUACAAGGUCUUCAAUGGAGAAGGAGAACAGAUUAGGGCCUUCAAGUGUGAGCACUGCCGAGUCCUUUUCCUAGACCAUGUCAUGUACACCAUUCAUAUGGGUUGCCAUGGCUACCGGGACCCACUGGAAUGCAACAUCUGUGGCUACAGAAGCCAGGACCGUUAUGAGUUUUCAUCACACAUUGUUCGAGGGGAGCACACAUUCCACUAGGCCUUUUCAUUCCAAAGGGGACCCCUAUGAAGUAACAAACUGCACAUGAAGAAAUACUGCACUUACAAUCCCACCUUCCCUCAGAUGUCGACAUACCUUUUAUUUUUGUUUGUUUAAUAUUAUUACUGUCAUUAAUUCUUAUUUUGUGGAUGCAGUGUCAUUUACUCUGCCUAAUUACAAUAAGGAAGAAACAGAAGAGAGAAGGGACAGGGGAUAUUGUUCUUGGUAACGUGGGAAUUUAAGAGCGGUUCAUUUCUGCCAUGCAUAAAUAUAAGGUAUAUCAUGCUUUGGAAAAAAAAUCACUUGAUUCAUAUAGGUUCACCUAAGAGAUUCUAAUUUGCCACUGAUGUUCAGGAUUAUGAUUGAAGGCAAGGAAGUUUGGAGUUUUCUGGGUAGAACUUCCACAGUUUAAAGUGGUAUAAGUAAUUUUACUCUUCAAAGAAGAAACUGUUUCAAAAUGUAAACUUUUUUUUUCCUCUAGAGAUCAUGGAACACAAACACAUGUGUUAAUUUCAGUGAUAAUCCUUGGAUGAGUUGUUGUGGGUUCUAUGUUUACUUCCCCAAUGGAAUUUAUAAUACGGUAUGUUAUACACUGUACCAUAUAGCAAAACUUGUAAACUACAGGUAGUUGAGGACACCUACAAUACAUCUGAGGUCCUGUGAUCUUAUUUUUCUAAACUUAAGCACUGUUUUCCAUAGUUUUGAUGACUGGUAUUUUAUAGACACCCUGGCAGCCUUACUUUUAACACCUUUAAUGAGUAGUAUUUUUAUCUAGUUUUAAGAAUAACAUAUGGUCUAAGAGUGGCUAAGAGGCAGUCAGUAGUUUCCAGAAAGGACCUCUGCUUUUCAUAAAUUUGUUUUGGAAGUCUUCUUUUAAAGUUGUAAUGUGAUGGUGGCAUAGUGUACAUAAUUGUUUCUAAAAGUAUGCUUACGAUUGUCACUUUAUCAGCAUUUAAUCAGUGUUAACCAGUCAGCAGAAACAUAAUUAGGCUAACAGUAGGAGUAAAAAAACCUACUCAGAAAUCCCUUUUCUGGUAUUUCUCUUUUCCCACUGAUUUUUUCAAGCUGUGACCACCCAGUGUUCUAUCCAUAGUCCAUCAUCCUUUACUACUUGAGUAGAAGAUCAUGAAACUCUUUGCUAUAGGUUUUUGCUCUCAAAAUGUCGGAGCAAUUACUAAUUCGACCUGAAUAUGGUAACUUGAACCCCAUAAGGUUAUGGAACUAGGGCUAUUUAUUCUAGUAUUUCUUGAAUAAUAACAUUUACCACUUUUGGUGCAAGGAAAAGGGAACUUCUUUGUAACCUGUACAUUAGACCACAGAUAAAAAAAAAAAAAACAACUUAUUUUUUACAGUUUUUGGGGUCUAGAAUGUAACCUAACCUCCAAGCAAAAGUCAUCAUGUCCUGCACAGUUUUCCAUCUCAAACACAUUCAACUACUUAUAAGUCCUUGUCAGAAAUGAAUCUCAGUACCUUAGUAAAAAAACAAAACAAAACAAAAAAAAAACCUCUUAAUCCAUCCAUGUUAUCAUUUUUCAUGUGCAAAUUUUUUAUUUCAUUUAUAAAAAGGUGCUCUGUUUUUUAUGUGCAGUCCAACAGCAUUAGAGGGAAGGGAAAAAUGAGAUCAAUUCAAGUCAUUUUGGGGGGGACAUACCUGGAUACAGAAAUUGCUGCUUGUGUUGAGGGAGGACAGGCCUGACCAUGGCUGGAUUAUCUGAUAGCCAUUUAUGAGUAUUGAUUCUGUUAAACAGUAACUGAUAACUGCUCUUAAAAAAAUAAUUAAAUAGGAGGCUGAAACUAUGUUUUUAAUGCAGAAUGACGUGAGAACUAGCAAAAUUAGAGACUUAAGGACAGAGAAGCAAAUCCGGCCCCAAUACUGCUCUUGACUCAUCUUCUCAUUUAUCAUCUGCUUAUUUAAACAGCUUCUGAGCACUAACACAGCUAGAGCUGGGCAAAGAUGAUUUUAACUCAGCUCUCCUUUACUCGUUCCUCUUAUAAUUAUUUUUGGAGAAAUGUCCAAACUAGUCCUUUAAAUCUAAGAGAAUGCACCAAAACAGAGACAUGAAACGUUUUAAAUAGAAUAUUGUUUUUUUUUUUUUUUCCCCUCCUGCAUGCUUUGGUACAUGGUGAACACACAAUUUAUUCAAAGGUAAAGUAUGCUUUUGAGACUUCCUUACCUCCCCCUACACUAACCAGUCAAAAAAUUGGAAUUUCAUAUUUUUUCCCUUUUGGAGGAAGGUAAAUAACGUAAGUUACUGAUUUUGUGUUUUACUGCAAUUUAAGGAAAUGUGGAUGGCAGUGUGUUCAUAACUUUGGCUGUGUGUGGAUUUCUGCUGGUAUUAUCUAUGAAUUUUCUUCCUGUUCACUAUUUGUUUUUUUCAGUGUAUGAACAAUCAUGUGUCUACCUACCCUGGGAUGAAGCUGAAUUUUAGGUGGACCUAAAGAGUUGUGUAGUACCCCCAUGAAGACAGUACUCCUUUUCUGAUUUCAUCUAUUUGAGAAUCUACUUUAUCAAAGGGACAAUAUUUGUGAGAGUGUAUUUGCUACAAGUGUAUACUUAUACUUUCUUAGCUACAUGAUAUGAGGAACAGAAAGAGAUAAAGAUGGCUCAGGGUGUGGCAGGGACAAAUGAGGACGAGGUCAAUUCAAAUGUGCAGGUUAGAAUUUUUGUGGGCAUGGUGCUUUCUGGGAAACUCUAAAUGGCUAUAUUUGCAUGCUUCCUUCUUCACAAAAGGAAAUAUGCAAGUUGGUAGGGCCUAAAAAUAAAUAUGAGGGUCAGACACCAAAUAAAUCAAAUUUUACAUAACAGUUAUAUGCCCAAUUUAUUUAGGUGAGAUUUCACAUUAGAGUACUGGAGGGGCAUAAAAAUGGGUUAGCCUCUUUCUUCUGGUUUGGCAAAAAUUCAGAAAUUCAUCACAUUGCUUUGCCCUGAUUUUGCCCAGAAAUUUACCUCCAGCUCCUGUUGGAGAUGUGUGCUGCCUCUCUCUAAUAGUGGUCAAUCACUUUUAAAAAGCCAUUCUAACCUGGCUUUUUAGAACGGUGAAGAUGACCAAUAAGCAGAUUGGAAGAGAUUUCGAGUCGUUAAAACAUUCCGUUGAGAAUUUUCUGGAGGGACAGAACGCGAGAGACCAGGAUUUAGAUUUGGCUACAAAGUAGAAAAUGGUUUUCCUCCAUGCAUACAAGCAAUUGUAUGCGUGUGUCAGUGCGUGCAUGUGUGCAUACACACAUACACACUCCUUUGAAGAAAAGUCAUGAAAAGAAGCAAUUAGAGUCACCACAUGUCUUGCAAGAGCACUUAAAGAGUUAAAAUCAGAGUUAAUACCUGAGAAAUUUAGUAAACUUACUUUACCAGAUUGUAUUAAGAAAUAUUAAAGAAGUUAUUAGUAUGUCUUUAGGACUAGUUCAACUAUUAAACUAAAACCUUGGGCCUUUACAGUCUACUUGCAGAAUGAAUCUAAACAAACAAGAAAAGGAUUUUUAAGCUGAUUUGGUAUAACUUCCAAAACGAAGGAAACAAAAAUAACUUUUGAAUAGGAAGAUACAAAAAAAAAUGAUUAAUUUUUACGUGUUGGCAAAUGGAAAGAGACAAUAUUUUAGUGAGCUUGAUGUUUUUAUUUAUACUUACCAUGUCUCAACUCUACACCUCACAAAACUAUGAAGUCUUUAUGAUAUGUUGACAUCAGUGAAGGCAUUUAGAUGAAAAUGUUUUAACUGAUUUUCCAAAUGUUAUGUCAUCCUAUCUCCAAAAUGAUUCUGUAAAGUAGAAAAAGAACAGAAAAAGCUGCAAAAAUACAAACAAAAAAAAACCUGUAUGCCCCUAGUUUCAAGAGAGAACUUAGAUUAUAAGAGGUACUGACUACUUUUUUUUUUUUUUUACUUUGAAAUGUUCAUUGUACAAGAAGAGAUACAUUACAUUUGUGGUCCUCUUUAGUUAUAUUUUAUAUAUUAUUUUUAGUAAGUACUAUCUGUAUAAGAUUAUCCAAAAAAAAUCCCCAAAUGCAAAAGAAAAGAGUAGAGGUGAAAUUAAAAUUUGUAUAUAUGAGAGUUAUCUCAGAAAUGUUUUUAAACCUCCAGUUUCUGCAAAAUAAUUAAAAUAUACAGUAACUGGUAUCUUAAGAUCCUGAGUUUAAUGUAUUAAAUACUUAUAAAAUUUCUUUAUAUUGGUGCCUUUUUAAAAUGCAUUGAGAGAGUGUUGGUUAGCUGUUGUAGCUCUACAAACACUUUUAUUAUGUAUUUUUAAAAACCACUUAAAUUUGAGUACUAUAUAAUACAUCUUCAUGUUCUUAGGGCAAAACUGUUAGAGGAAGUUCCAAUCAGAGAAUUUCAGCUCAUCUGUUUAAAGUAAAAGGAAACUUUGCAACCAGAUUUUAAUCUUAAUAGUUUGAUAGUAUUUCUGAAUACCAUUACAAGAUCAUGUAGGUAAAAUAUGGCAUAGAGGGAAAUUUCAGCUGUGAAUUGCAUUAUGGUAUGUGGUUUUGUUUUGUUUUUAAGGAAGAAUCAGUUCUAGUAUCACACAGGCUUUAUUAGUGGAAUUUUGGUCAAUAAAAUACAGUAUUGUUUUGAAAUUUCAUUUAUAGACUAGUGUUGUCCUAGUCUGAGAAUCUUUGUCUCCUAAUCUAUUAAUGUUUUAUGGAAUAAUGUAAAGAAGCAGGUAAUUAAUUCUCCUUGAACAAAACAAAACUGAAUAGUCAUAUCACAUUGCUAUUCUCCAAAGCAUAAUCUCAAAUGGUUUCCUGCCAUGAUUGUGUAUUACUUGCAAUGGAUGUGUUAGGAUAUGACAGCUUUUAAAAAAUAAAUAAAUAAAAAUGAGCUGCUUGUUAUACAAAGCAAAUGUCAUAUGACCAAGAAGCUGUGAUAUGCUAGUGUUUCUUUUUAUCAUAGUGUAUUGCUAGGCCAAAUAAUGACACCUUGAAUAUUUUUAUUACAUUUAUUGCAGUAACCUAAAGUUUUGGGAUUUCCAUAAGGUUUUUAUGUAACAUUAUAUUUCUAGCUUUUUAGUUUUCUCUUGCUGUACUGUAAGUUUGUGGAUAUUUUUCACAUGCACUCUUAGAAAUAAGUUCCUAAUUCUGUUUAUGGGAUUUUUCUCCCAUAACAUUGCAUUUGUAUAUUUUCUGUAUAAAUUUGUUGUGAAGUAACCUUUACCCCAUACAGAGAGUGGUACGUGAAUGACUAGUUUUCUAAGAUGUCCUUUUUAUUGUGAAUAAGAUAUAAAAUUUAGAGGCCCUCUGCUAAGCCACAUAAAACACAACAUAUAACUUCAUAAAGGUACAGAUAAGCCAGUUUGCAGUUAAUUGGGCCCUUCAAAUUACCUCAAGUGACACACAGUAAGAAAAGCUUCUCAGACGGGUGGAGGUCACUGAAUCCCCUACUAUGCACUUAUCAGGAUUCUACUUAAUUUACUGGAAGUGGAUUUUUGAAAAAUGAAUACACUGUAACAAGGGAAGGACUCUGGGUUUUGUUUUUUGUUGUAUUAUUUUGUGUCUUUUUGUUAAGUAGUUCAAUUUCUGAAACUGUGAUAAAACAUUUUGACUGUCAGGCACUCUCAGAUUUUGAACAUAAAAUCACUUCCCCUUCUGUGUAACUAAGUUCUUUGUUACCUCUUCAACUUUGUUCUCCUCCCCCAACCACCCUUUUCUCCCCGUCCACAUCCUUUCCAUCACUGCCUCUGGACAUCUCUGCCUCUCUUUCCCCCACUAGUUUGAAGAUUAGGUCAACUCUGACUUCCGAUUCAUUGGUCUCUUAAGUCUUAACUUUUUGUGUGUGAUUUUUUGUUGGCUGUAUAAUUUGCUGACAUAUUUUUAUACUCAAGUGUAGUUUUAUAUUAAAAAGAGAAGUGGUUGGAUUAAAAAUAGUAAGGUAUAUAACCAUUGUGCUACUUUCACUUUCAAAUAUUGGGUACCUAAAAUAGGACGCCAGAGAUCAUGUCAUCAUAAUAUGGUAUGUUUGCCUUCCUUUUCUGUUGGGUUUGUGUUCUGAUUUGGUUUUCCUCCUAAAAUGUAUGAGAGAUUAAAUAAUUUUUUUGCAAGAGUUUAGAAAGAUGUUAAAAGUCUAAAGCAAAAAGUCUUAAAAAUCUCCCAGUCGGGAGAAGAUGCUUUAACAUUACUAUAAUAAUAUUCCAGGUUUGGAGGGGGCUCUCCAGGCUUCAUAUUUGCUCUUAAUACUUGGACCUUUUAGACCAUGUGUUAUAAUUGCAAUCUCCGAAUGAUUGCUUCUGCUAUUUAGUUUAAAAGAUAUUUUUUCUUUUCUUUCUGUACAAGUGCAAUACUUUCCUUGAAGUCUUAAAAACUAUGGUUAUUUUUUUUAACUGAUCUAUUCUUUCUUUAGUUAAUGGCAAAAAAGAAAUCCUUGAAGAUCAUGGCAUGUUAGUUUAAAGGACACAACAAGCAAAGAAAAAAACACCGUAUAAUAAAAAGAUUAGAGGAUGUGGAAGCCACUGGUUUAUUCUCAUGGUAUCUUUAUUUAGGCUAAAUUUCCAUUAAAAUUGGUAAUCUUUUGCCUGAGAAAUGUGUCCUCAAGUUGAAGAAGUUGCAAUUCUUAAAGACUGCAUUUUCUUCUUAGACCCUUGUCCAAUGUUUUAAAUUAAGAACCUAAUAGUUUUUAUUUCAUUUUCCUUCUUUUGGAAAUGAACUUUAAAAUAAAAGCAAAGCACUUAGCUCAAUUUUAAACACCUAUCACCUAUUGAAGACAAUUUUUAAGAAAUAUUUGGAGCACUGUUUUCAUACAAAUUUAAGUAAGAAGUAUUUUUCGUAUCAUACAUAUUUAUAUGUAGAAUACUGGUUUUCUUUUUUUAUACCUGUGUCCCUGUAGUAAAACUGCUGUAAUGUAAAUACAUGUUUUGUUAAAAGAUAACAUUUCUUUGGCAUUUCUUUUAAAGGCAGUUACUGCAUUUGUACAGUAUGUGUCUUGGCCAUUUUAGAUUUUUUUUCUUUAACAAUACCAAAGGUAAUUAGACUACUUUAAAAACUAAUUGCUUGACAGUUUCUAGGAUAUUUUGAGUUUUAGAAGCGAAAGAAAAAAAAAUAGGUCAAACCAGUAAACCUCAUUUUUUUUCAAACUAAUAAUUUGGGAAAAUAAAAACUGUUUUGAAAAGAAAUAUAUAAAAAUAUAUAUGUAAAAUUAAAAUUCCAGACUUGUAUGUCAGGUUUGCUCAGUGUAAUGUAGUUUUUUUAAAGUUCAAAUACAAUACCUCAGAAAAUGAGGUUUACUAUGGAAAUACUGAAACAGUCUUUGCAGCUGUGUGACAAGUCAGCUCUGCUAUAUACCAAUUUGGAGACCUCUGCUAAACAGUUUUAUCACUGCAGACUAAAAUGUGGGACUUGUAUUUUGUUUUUAAUGCACACACAUACAUGUUCUGCGCAUGUAUGUGGGUACUGUGUAUACGUGUAUGAGUGUUGUAUAUGCAUGUGUGAGUGUGUGUCUGUAUGUGUGUACAACUAAAGCUGCAGAAACUUUGUAAUACUUUGUGAAAAGGAUUAUAUUAUAAAGGUUUGUACUGUCUGAGUGCACAGCUACUGGAAUAAAUUUAGGGAAUCUCAGGAACAAGCAUAUAAUUUGUCCAAGAUUUAUUUCUUCUCAGAAGUGUAAGUGCAGUUUUUAAUUCUGUAUAUUAUUUAAUAUUUUACCAAUAAAAUAAACUUCUGACAUAAA